GUUAUGGUCUAUGGGUAGUAAAUGAGAGAUUCACCCAAAAAAACAAACUUUGGGCCAAACACUUCUGCAGCCCUAACUCUCUCCACUCCCCUUCUCCCUCUGCAAGUUCCACCGCCCGCCGUGCUCAUUGUUGUGGACGACAUCGCCGCCGCCGGCAGCCGCACUCACCUGUCUCAGGACAAAAAUGAAGAUUGUUUCACUUGCACUCAGGUCCUUGAGUGGCAAUUUAUCUCAUAGGUUUCACCAGACCCGAGGUCUUUCCCUCUGGAAUUUUUCAGACAAUGGACCUGCUGAUCAGAAGACUAAUAAGUCAGACUCUCUUGAUGAGUAUGAGCAGCGGAUGUUUGGUUCUGAUAGAUACUCGAAAAUUGAUGCCAUUUUCGAUAGGCAUAAUCGACAAGGAAAGACUCAAGAUAGAUCGAGUUCAGUUGAUGCUGGAAGGUCCAUGAUUGAUGAUCUAGAGCAAAGUUUUGACACAUUAUCUGAUGGAUUGGAUGGAAAACUCAAGGAGGCUGCCAAUUACUUUGAAUUUGAUCCAGAGGAAAUAGACAAAGAGGAUUAUUCUUUUCGAUAUGAUACCACUUUUCAUCCUGGUUCAACAUAUAAUGCGAAGGAUCUCGACCUUACAAAACCUGGUGUACAAAAACCUCCAAUCAGGCCCGAAUUCAAAGUAACCACGAAAGAAGUUCUUAGUCAGGCAGAUUUCAGGAAUGUAAGAUUCCUGGCAAACUUCAUAACAGAGGCUGGAAUUCUUAAAAAGAGAAGCAUGACUAAAAUUAGUGCAAAGGCUCAAAGGAAGGUUGCUAGGGAGAUUAAAACUGCCCGAGCUUUCGGCUUAAUGCCGUUUACAACAAUGGGUACAAAGUCAUUUGCUUUUGGGAAAACCAUGGAGAAUCUUGAUGCUGACUUCGCGUACAAGAGUGAUGUUAGAAACGUCCAUGAACUUGAUAUGGAAGGUUGAAAUGUCCGGCAAGAACUUUUUCUACUUUUUAACUUCCUCUCCUGUUUACCUUGACUACUAAGGUACUUUGUUAUGUUCUAAACCCAAAUGGUGUAUUAUUUACUUCUUUCUGAAGAAUACAAAGGAUUGUCAUCCCAAAGUGCAAGAUGAAUAAUCUUUGUAAGGAGUUUUCACAGAUUUUCUUAUGAUAUCAAUAAAUAGGUUUGAUUUUAAAUUUAAA